UUUGCUUUGGCAGUAAGUCUCGCCGCACAUUAGCUUUUCGAAACCCAGUGCUGGGGAGAAAUGCCUUCACUGGGACGCACACAGACUCCUCGACUUCAGCCAUGGCGGACGCUAUCGGGUGCGGCUGCGAGACAGUGAACUGGACUACCAGUGUGCUGGACUACCUGGCCUCGAUGCGCAUCUGCGAGAUCCGGCACUGCUUCGAGCUGCUCGGCGUGGCGCACAUGGAGGUGCUCGCAGGUGUGCUCGUCUUCGUCCUGAUGCAGUUCACCAAGUUCACGCUCGUCCUGAUGCUGGCCAUUCUCCUGGCGUACGGUAUAUUCUACCUGUGGGACACCUUCUUUCCGGAAAUCAGCCAGCUCGGUCGCAGGGGAAUGAAAAUGUUCCGCAACGUGCGCACCUCGGCGAACUUGCCGCCAUUCGCUUCAGACGUUGAGGAGACGCCUGGAGAGUACCAGAUCCGGCCGAGAGGUCAGGAGUACACCACUGGCAUGAUCACUCCGCCCAACACCAUCAACAUGCCGAUGCUACUGCCGAUGGUGCAAACGAAGAACCUCAGGACCACAAGUCUGCAAACGGAUCGCCGCCGACAGGAGGAGGAGAGCAGGAGGGGAUCGCGCGGAAGGGGCCACUCGUCCUAUCAGGAAUCCCAGGAUACGGACAGAAAGCACCGCAAAGAGAGACCCUUCUGGCGAUCUGUUAACUCCGAAGUGGAAAGGGAGCAACCAUCCACAUCCAAGAAAGCUCAUCAUGGCGCCAGUGGCGGUGGUGAGUCCAAGCGGAUGUCCAAUGCCAUGAGGAUCCCGACGGUUACCAGCGGAGUGGUGGACACCAGAAGAGUUGCCAACAUGACCAGUGACCAACUCAAGCGACUGCCCAACAUCACGAGCGGAGAGUCGCGGAGGACCACCAAGCUGGCUGGUGGUGCCAACGAUUCCAGGAAGUUGCACCACAUAACCAGCGGAGAGAACGCGGACUCCCGAAGGAUACCGAAAAUAACCAGUAACACCACUGAAUCCAGAUGGUUACCCAGAGGGGAAGUAGUGAAAGAAGCUCGGAGGAUUCAGCAAAUAACCAGCAGCACCAACGAAUCCCGUAGAUUACCAACUGUAACCAGUGGCGAGGUGAAGGAGUCCAGGAGGAGUUCGCAUCCCCACGCAGCUGGCGAGUCGCGUCGCACUUCGAACAAUCAGAGAGAUGGUGCCGGAGGUGGUGGGGAGUCCAGAUCCCGUCGGUCUGCGGAGAAAUCCAAUCCCGCCCAAGGUCGCCGACCAGAGGAGCAAUCGAAGCAGCGGCGCAGCAACAAUGGACACUCCGGCGUGACCAAGCGCCAGUUUCCGGAUGAUCAUUUCGAGCGCCUGAAGCUGGAGAACCGGGAGUUCCAGGCCCGCCGCCUGCAGGCGAGUGGCGCUGCAUUCCGGCAAAGUCUGAGUAAUCCCACCUCCGAGGGAGCGCUGCUCACCAAGCAGGAGAACUUCAUUGACAACCACCGGCUAUACGACAGGCGGGACACCCAAAGGAGCAACAGGUCAAGUAAUCCCAACAAAGAUGCCAAUCAUCGGCACCGAACCCAUCAUCGCCUGCCUAAUCCGAUACUUUAAAAUGGAACGAACAAAGCUCCCUUUUCCAGGCUGUGAAGACAGCCUCUCAACAACCAGCGCUGAAUCGAGGAACACCAUCCAGUUUGCCGCAUACCCCCAGACGGUGGAGAUGGCUGACAUCACUGAGGAAAGACCAAGCGGAAAGUCCACAGAGCUGCAGAUCAGAAGUGCCCCGAAGUUUCCCACAGGUAGGAGCACACCUGCUGAUAACAUCCAAUUGAAGAGCAGGGAAUCCAGCCGGGAGCAUGUGAAUCAUCCGGAGGAGUAUCCCUAUGUGGUGGAGAUACCCGAGCAGAAAGAAAAAAAAGCGAAAAAGGGCAGCCCAUCUGCCAAGUCCAAAAUCAAAUAAGGCGUUAUAAUGGAACUCAUUUUCUAUGUUAUCUAAAUUAUUGAUUUUUGUAAGCAAUUAAAAUUCAAAAUAAA